AUGGCGAAUGAGGAGCCGGUUACUUUCGGGCCAUAUGGUGGUUCAGGAGGGGAAAAAUGGGAUGAUGGAAUCUACAGCACCGUAACGGAAUUAGUUAUAUACUCCGGAGAUAUAAUUAAUUCUAUCCAAAUCGUCUAUGAUACUAUUGAAGGAAAGCCAGUAUCAAAAACAAGACGUGGUGGCGACGGUGGAUUUCCAAACAGCGUGAAAUUCGAGUAUCCUGCCGAGUACCUUGUUUCGAUAUCAGGGUGCCACGGUUCUGGAUCUCCUAUUGUGAACUCUCUUACAUUCCAUAGCAAUAUAAAGCAAUAUGGACCAUAUGGUAAGGAAGAAGGAAUUCGUUUUGAAUCCCGGUUAGCUGCUGGUAAGAUUGUUGGAUUCUUUGGAAAUAAGGGCAAUGUUUUGGAUUCAAUUGGAGUGUACAUUAAGCCAAUCCAGACAGCAAUACCUGUUGGUCCAUUUGGAACUACAGGUGGACAACAGUGGGAUGAUAAAACAUACAGCACAAUAAGAGAAUUAAUUAUAUACUCCGGAUGGGUAAUUGAUUCCAUCCAAGUUGUCUAUGAGGAUUUUGAAGGAAAUUCAGUAUCGGGACAAAAGCAUGGAGGUGAUGGCGGACAACUAAGCACGGUCACAUUAGAGUACCCGGAUGAAUUUUUGGUUUCAAUUUGGGGGUACUAUGGACAAAUAGGUAGCAAGGUUGCUAUCCGGUCACUUGGAUUUCAAAGCAACAAAAAAACGUAUGGACCAUUUGGUGUGGAGGAUGGAGAGAAAUUUGAAAUUGCAUCCAAUGGUGGCAAGAUCAUUGGAUUCCACGGAAGGUCUCGCGAGUGUCUUACUGCAAUUGGAGCAUAUCUCGACAAGUGA